AUGACAGCCGACGAACACACGCCGCUCCUUGCAGACGGAAUGCAGCCCUCCGCCGUCGCCGAGACGGAUGUCGAUGUCUCGGUGGUUCCCAAGUCCAACACCAAUGCCGGGUCCAUACUCGUCACCCGACUCCGAUCCCGACCCCGGGGCCAGCCCCCGCAAAACAUUGGCCACCGCGGCUACAAGGCUGCCUUCCCCGAGAAUACGAUGGCCUCGUUCCGGGGUGCUCUAGCCGCUGGCGCCGAUGCCAUCGAGACGGACGUGCACCUCUCAAAGGAUGGCGUCGUUGUGCUUUCUCAUGAUCCCACGCUCAAGCGCUGCUUCGGUGUCGACCGGCGCAUCGCCGACUGCUACUGGGAGUACCUGGCGACGCUGCGAACGCUGAGAGAACCACAUGAGCCUAUGCCACGGUUGGUUGAGUUGUUGGGAUGGUUAGCAGAAGAGGGACGAGAAGGAGUGUGGCUGUUGCUGGAUAUCAAGCCCGACGAUGACCCAACCGCCAUCAUCCCAGCUAUUGCCGAGGCCAUUGAUUCCGUACCACCAGCAAAGGGCCAUCCCUGGAGUGAAAGGGUUGUGCUCGGCGGCUGGAAUGAGACAUGGCUCCGCCUGCUAGCCGAACAUCUUCCUGGCUAUCCACUUGCAUUCAUCUCCUUCUCGCUCCUGCAUGCCCAGCGCUUCCUGAAGCCCGACUUCCCCUACCCAGUGCACUUCAAUCUCUUCCAGCCAGCACUGCUGGGGCCCGUCGGCUGUCGCUUCCGUAGGUCGGCGGUUCGUGCCGGGCGGCUCGUGUUUGCUUGGACGGUCAACGAGCCAUUAUGGAUGGAUUGGUGUGCAUGCCAGCCUGAGAAUGCUGCUAUCAGUGGUGUGGUGACAGAUGAAGUGACGAAAUUGGGCGAGGUGUUGAAGGGGCCGAAGUGCGGUGCCGGGGGUGAUGACGACGGGAAUGAGUGCGAUGAUGAGGCGGAGCAAGUCGUGGUCAGGAAGAUGAGAGAAGAGUAUGGGCUUGGUCAAAAGAUCAGGCUGUAUGCAAAGGCUGUUUUGUUGCAGACGGCAGCGGCGGUGCUGAGCGUUGUGCUUUGGCGGUGGCUGAACAAGAGAGGGACGAGGAAGAUGAAGGGUCAGAGGGGGGAGGUGAAGAUCACAUAG